UAGCAUUAGUUCAUUCAUAUUCGUUUAAGAGCUCUCUACGAAGUAAAUUAAGAGUUAAUACAAAGCUGCCUGACAGAACAGAUCAUUGUAGGUCUGUAGCCGUUGUUGUCAUUAAGCUCAGCGCUCGUUUAUUCGUCAUUUACCCCUUAAAAGGUAUCUGCUAGUCCGUAUUUGUGAAUAUUUCUGCUCCUCCUUGAUAUCAACAUGAGUGAUCCUUGGCAAGAGUGCAUGGACCACUGUGUGGAGGUCACCAAACGGGCUGGGGAGAUGAUCCGCGAGGCGCUCCAGAAGGACAUCGCCGUCAUGCAGAAGAGCUCACCAGUCGACCUGGUGACCGAGACAGACCAGAAAGUGGAACAGCUCAUUAUUUCUUCCAUCAAGGAAAAGUACCCCACACAUAGCUUCAUAGGGGAGGAAUCAGUAGCAGCAGGCGCCCCCAGUGUUCUUACUGACAAUCCCACAUGGAUCAUCGACCCUAUCGAUGGAACCACCAACUUUGUUCACAGGUUCCCAUUUGUGUCUGUUUCAAUCGGCUUCACAGUGAAGAAAGAGAUAGAGUUUGGGAUCGUCUACAGUUGCAUCGAGGACAAGAUGUACACAGCACGGAAAGGGAAAGGAGCAUUUUGCAAUGGAGUCCCCAUCAAGGUGUCUGGACAGGAAGAUAUCAGACAAUCUCUAGUGCUGACAGAAAUGGGCUUCAAAAAGGAUUCUAAGCGGUUUAAUACAAUGUUGGCCAACGUCAAAGCCAUCCUCAGCAUCCCCGUCCAUGGUAUCCGCUCCCCGGGCAGUGCAGCUGUCAACAUGUGUCUGGUAGCGUGCGGAUCGGCUGAUGCUUACUACCACAUGGGUAUCCACUGCUGGGACAUGGCCGGAGGGGCAGCGGUUGUUACCGAAGCCGGAGGAGUUAUCAUGGAUAUUUCAGGUGGACCAUUCGAUCUGAUGUCUCGGAGGCUGAUCGUGGCCAGCAGCAAAGCAAUAGCCGAACGCAUUGUAAAGGAGAUAACAGAGUUUCAGGUUGGCAGAGAUGACACUGAUGGCUAGAACCACAGUCUCCUCUGCCAAAUUAACAGUUAUUCACACACACACACACACACACACACACACACAACUCUUGUAUUUAACAAGUCAGGAUUUUGUCUUUGCCUUAAGAAACAAAAAUGAUAAUCUUACCUCCGAAGAACAGCUGAGUGGGUUUAGCAAUUAUAUCAGUGCGUCUUCUACACACUUCUUGUUUUGUUAUUCUGUUUUAUCGCUUAAUCCUCAGUCAUGGACUCCCAUUUUUAAAAUGAUAUUUAUAUUUAUUUAUGUGGACAAUGCAGCCAGGAUACAAUCAAGGAACUUCACAGAUAAAAUACCUCAAUACUGCACUAUUGACGUCCUUUUAGAAUAACAGUGUUCAGGUUUUGACCAAUCAUUUUGCUUUUCCAUGUAGGUUUUGAUGUUUAAUUGUUAGGUUAUUGUAUUUAGUUAAAUGUAUUGUUUGGUAGAUUUGUUAAUACAAAGAGUAAAUUCUUGGAUUUCAAAGCCAUCAUUAGUUUGCACUAUGACAAUACAAGAAUAUAUACACCAAACUCUCCACAUGUAACUACUGUACUGUAUUACUGCUUCCCUAUUCCGUCCAGGAAUUGAUAUUGUGCUUAAAAAUGUGUGCCGUACGUCCAAAAGUUUUUAAGUAUUAAGUGUGUUUUUUUUGUCAGGAUGUAAUGGAGGCAGAAAAUAAACAGCACGAUGAACAUCC